CUCGCGUCAGCAAUACCGCUAGUGUUCUGUGUAUAGUCAGUUACAUUUUACCAAACGUUUAAAAAGAGAUUGUUGGAAGAUCUUCUAAUACUGUUUGUGCCAUGGAAUACUGGUCGAUAUUAUUAUCGAUAGUGAUCGGUGUGAUCAGCAUUCAUUAUCUUUUUAGAAAUUUUAAUUUUUUUAAAAGAAAUGGUAUUAUACACAUGCCGCCUGUUCCAUUAUUUGGAUCCGCGAUGCCGGUUGUAUUUCGUCGAAUGUCAUUCUUUGAUUUCAUGUGGAAGAUAUACAAUUUCAAUACAAACGCAAAGUAUUUUGGAAUGUACUUCACGACAACUCCAGUCUUCUUCCUUCGCGAUCUCGAACUCAUUAAAACUGUCCUUGUAAAAAAUUUCGAGGCAUUUCCAGAUCGUCGUGGUUUCGCCGACUUUAACGAUUCUUUAUGUAAGAAAAAUUUGUUUUCUCUUCGUGGAGAAAAAUGGCGGAAUGUGAGGAAUCUGUUGAGUCCCUCUUUUACAUCCAGCAAGAUGAAAAUGAUGUUUUCGUUGAUGUCCGAGUGUGCUGUAGAUUUUGCAAAAUUUCUGUCGACAUCAUCAGCGGAUAAAGUCGAUAUAAACAUGAAAGACGUCUGCUCUAAAUAUACAAACGACGUCAUCGCUACAUGUGCAUUUGGAAUCAAAGUCGAUUCUAUGAAGGAUCCAAUGAAUAAAUUCUAUAUUUACGGCAAGGAGGCCAGUAACUUCAGAGGAGUCAUUCGCAGUAUAAAGUUCUUUUUUGUUGGGACGUUUCCGACACUUGGGCGAAUUCUCAAUAUAAAAUUUAUGGACGAUUAUUUGACGAAUUUCUUUAAGGAUAUUAUAAGAACUACAAUCGCAACUCGCGACGCAGAACACAUUUCACGUCCGGAUAUGCUACAGUUAAUGAUGGAUAUCAGAGGCAAAGAAGGUCGUAGAGAAUUAGACAUCGACGACAUGACUGCGCAAGCGUUCAUCUUUUUCCUCGGCGGUUUCGAGACCAGUUCAACUGCAAUGUGCUUCGCAGCUCACGAAAUAGCAGCUAAUCCAGAAAUUCAGUUGAAAUUACAACAAGAGAUCGAUAAAGUUUUGGAGGAAUCGAACGGAGAAGUGUCUUAUGAAGUUAUUAAUCGUCUCGAAUAUUUAGAUGCGGUGAUAAGUGAGGCUCUUAGAUUAUAUCCACCAGUCACAGCCUUAGAAAGAAUAUGUGAAAAAUCUUUUGAGUUACCACCCGCAUUGCCGGACGAGAAACCUUUUAUCAUGAAGAAAGGUAUGAUUGUUUGGAUUCCCGUUCUUGCAAUCCAUCAUGAUGAAAAGUAUUAUGACAAUCCAAAGAAAUUUGAUCCAGAAAGAUUUUUAAACAAUAAGAUAAACAGUUCUUCGAAUUAUAUGCCAUUCGGAUUAGGACCGAGAAUGUGCAUAGCUAACAGGUUUGCCGUGCUGGAAGUCAAAGUAUUGUUGUUUCACUUAUUAGCGCGAUGUGAGCUGAAACCUUCUGCAAAAACUACAUCCCCAAUACAAUUUUGCAAAGAUUUCAUGAUAAUGCCGAAAAAUGGAUUCUGCAUUUAUUAUCUUUUUAAAAAUUAUAACUUUUUUAAAAGAAAUGGUAUUAUACACUUACCGCCUUUUCCAUUAUUCGGAUCAACGACAUCGAUGGUAUUUCGUCGAAUAUCAUUUUUCGAUUUCAUGAUGAAGAUAUACAAUUGCUAUCCAAACGCAAAGUAUUUUGGAUUCUACUUCACGACAACUCCAGUCUUUCUGCUUCGCGAUCUGGAACUCAUUAAAACCGUCCUUGUUAAAAAUUUCGAUGCAUUUCCAGAUCGUCGUGGUUUCGCCGACUUUAACAAUCCUUUAUUUGAAAAAAAUUUGUUUUCUCUUCACGGAGAAAAAUGGCGGAACGUGAGGAAUCUGUUGAGUCCUUCUUUUACUUCCAGCAAGAUGAAAAUGAUGUUCACGUUGAUGUCCGAAUGUGCUGUGGAUUUUGCAAAAUUUCUGUCAACAUUAGCAGCAGAUAAAGGCGAUAUAAACAUGAAAGACGUCUGCUCUAAAUAUACAACUGACGUCAUUGCUACAUGUGCAUUUGGAAUCAAAGUUAACUCUAUGAAAGAUCCAACAAACAAAUUCUAUAUUAACGGCAAGGAAGCGAGUAACUUCACAGGAGUCCUUCGUGGUAUAAAGUUCUUUUUUCUUGGAACAUUUCCAAGACUCGGGAAAAUUCUCCAUUUGAAAAUAAUGAACGAUUAUGUUUCGGACUUCUUCAAGGAUAUUAUAAGGACUACAAUCGCCACCCGUGACGCAGAACACAUUACACGUCCGGAUAUGCUGCAGUUGAUGAUGAAUAUCAGAGGCAAAGAAGGUCGUAGAGAACUAGACAUCGAUGACAUGACUGCGCAAGCGUUCAUCUUUUUCCUUGGCGGUUUCGAAACCAGUUCAACCGCAAUGUGUUUCGCAGCUCACGAAAUUGCAGCUAAUCCAGAAAUUCAGACGAAAUUACAACAAGAAAUCGACCAGGUUUUAGAGGAGUCGAACGGAGAAGUGUCUUACGAAGCUAUUAAUCGGCUCGAAUAUUUAGAUGCGGUGAUAUGUGAGGCUCUUAGAUUAUAUCCACCAGUCGCCGCAUUAGAAAGGAUAUGCGAAAAUACUUUUGAGUUACCUUCCGCAUUGCCGGGCCAGAAACCUUUUAUCAUAAAAAAGGGUAUGCUUGUUUGGAUUCCAGUUCUUGCAAUCCAUCGUGAUGAAAAUUAUUACGAUAAUUCGGAGAAAUUUGAUCCAAAUAGAUUUUUAAACAACAAGAUGCACAAUUCUUCGAGUUAUAUGCCAUUCGGAUUAGGACCGAGAAUGUGUAUAGCUAACAGAUUUGCCAUGUUGGAAGUCAAAGUCUUGUUAUUUCAUUUAUUAGCGCAAUGUGAACUGAAACCAUCUGUAAAAACUCCGUCGCCAAUAAAAUUCUGCAAAGAUCUAAUAAUGAUGCCGGAGAAUGGAUUCUGGUUAAAUAUUCAGCGUAGAAAAAAUAUGCAUUCUGUACAGGAAUCUACAAUAAUGGAUAGUUAGGCUUCAGAAAACAUUUCAAAUGCUUCAAUUCAUGUUUGUGAUUUAAGUCCGACAAACCUCAUCGACGCGCAAUUUAUAGAACUGAGUAAUGCAUUUACAAAUUUUCAACUGUUAUUUGCAAAUAUUAACAUUAUCAAAGACGAACUGUGUUAUUUAAA